UUCAACAAUGAAAGCGGUACUAAUUGGUUAAUUACGAUUCAAAAACUAGUGUUUAUUUAGGUAAACAAUAUGACUAGAUUCAAUUUAGUGAUAACAGCGUUAGUUUUAGUUUCAUGUGCAGUAUUGGUAGUAGCACAAUCGAAUGCAGUGAGUCGUUGCUUCCAAUUCACGUGGCUGGGUCCGCAGUACAAUAACAACAGUGUGUUCCUCAACGCCACCUGCCAGGACGCGACCCGGCUGGCGAGAGGCGUGCCGUGCCAGCAGCCCUUGGUGGCAUCUUACGACGGCACAUGGCCCGACGUGGAGUACAUUUGGACGCACCACUCACUGGAGGCCUCGUGCAUUUUGGGUCCUAACGAUGUCUGCGCGCAAUAUACAUACUACUUCAAUGACAUAGCGGAAAACUCCACAUACAUGUGCACCAGAGGGGUUGAUCAGCUCGGAAACGCCAUCAACAGCGGCUGCUUCCAGUCGACGAACGGGAGCUCUUCCACUAGGCCACCGCUAAAAGAAAUUUAUAUUUAUUAAAUAUUAAUUUAAACCGCAAAAAUGUAUUCAGUGUUAACGAGAGGAAACGCUAUAUUAACGUAUACACUUAGCGUCCUAGCAUGCUUAACUUUCUUGUGUUUUCUAUCUACAUUAACUGUGGAUUACAGAACGAAUGCACAAAUGAACACAGUAAAAGUAGUCGUCAAGAACGUGCCGGAUUAUGGAGUUUCUAGGGAGAGAAAUGAUCUAGGCUUCCUUACUUUCGAUCUGAAGACUGAUCUGUCCCAUUUGUUCAACUGGAACGUGAAACAGCUAUUCUUGUAUCUCACAGCAGAGUACAUUACUCCAAACAAUGAGCUCAACCAAAUUGUGCUGUGGGACAAAAUCAUUCUAAGAGGAGAAAAUGCUGUUCUCGACUUCAAAAAUAUGAACACGAAGUACUACUUCUGGGAUGAUGGUAAAGGCUUGAAGGGCCACAACAAUGUGACACUAACACUGUCAUGGAACAUCAUACCCAAUGCAGGGUUGCUGCCAAACAUCAUGGCCCUCGGCUACCACUCCUUCCGGUUCCCGACCGAGUACACCCAGACCAGAGUGUGAUCAACAUUGCAACUUUGCUUUUAACACAUUCAGUGCCGAAAACCUGGGUAUUUUAUGAUUUCGUUCCUAGGCUACCCAAUAGUCGUAGUACUGCUGCUUUAUACGAUGAAAUUGUUGUGGCCUGACACGGACGUCUUGUUUGGCUGGUUGGCAAUGAAUGUGUUAAAGUAUCUCAGUAAAGUACUAGGAUAGUUAUACACCUCGGCACAUAUGCCUUUCAAAUAUGUAUAUUCAAAGAGUUAUUGAUUGUGGAUCAGGUGUAAAAAGUAAGAACACAUUGUGGCUCGAAGUCAGCUAAACUAGAUGACACUAUACUGCACCAUAAUAUUAUCAUGUUUUGUUGUAACUGAAUUGUCAAAUGUCAACUUUCAUCAACCAGAGUGACCACAUAUGAAUUUAAUGUAUGGGGCCGUAGUCUGUCAUAUACAUAGUAGGUAGUAUCCCAAGUAUUCAAAUAGUUCAGUACAACAUAUAAUAUCUAUGGAGUACCAAACUAUUUGAAUACUUUGUAUGCUACCUACUAUACAACGCUGACUGUACAGUAAUAUCUACUUGAGUUAGACCAAGAUAUGUCUGCAACGAUUUUGAUAGCACACAGCCCAAUUGUUAUUUUAAACGUCAAACGUCUAUGAAAUUAUGACGUAUAAAUAGCAUUUGCACUGUGUAUGCUAUCAAAAUCGUUGCAGACUUUUCUUGCUCUAACUCUACAGCUGUUAAAGUUGAGACACAAAAUGUGUCUUAGACUACAAACCUCUAUUAAUAACUUGUAUUAUGGAUGGGUAUUCCAUCUGUCCAUUAUAUUGAUCCAAUGUCAUUGCGUCUCACUCUCUCAUUAAACAAAACGCGAGACAAAAUACUAAUUGGACAGGUGGAAUUCCACCCUAUGCCACUUUCCCUUUGAAUGCUCUCUGUAGUAGAAGACAGAUUGCCGAGAUGCAUAAUUAGAGACAGUGCUGUAUAUGGGUGAAUGUGGUGUGACUUAAGAUCCUAAGAGAAUACAUGUUUUCUGUAAA